GAUUAGAGACACAGUCAGCACUGACACAGGAUUAGAGACACAGUCAGCACUGACACAGGAUUAGAGACACAGUCAGCACUGACACAGGACUAGAGUCACAGUCAGCACUGACACAGGAUAAGAGUCACAGUCAGCACGGACACAGGACUAGAGUCACAGUCAGCACUGACCCAGGAUUAGAGACACAGUCAGCACUGACCCAGGAUUAGAGUCACAGUCAGCACUGACACAGGAUUAGAGACACAGUCAGCACUGACACAGGAUUAGAGACACAGUCAUUUCUGUCAGUGCUGUUGCGUGGCUUAAGAACUUAAACCCAGCCAAUAUUGACAGUGAUUAAACUCAGAAAAACAAGAGAACAAGGGCGCCCUGCCCUUAAUAUCCCCUUCCUGGGGUAUUUACAGAAGCUUCUGAUGACCUAGUGGCUUUACAGUGGCAGGUGGACUAUAUGUAUAGUACACUCAAUGUAAGGGUUUGUACAAUCAGUUUAUUUUUCUGUGUCUUCCAAAACAACAGGGUUGUGUAGAUACACCAACAAUUUCUCUUUCAUUUUUGGGCUUUGCAUCAACAUCAACAACAAACAUGCAGUCAGGCCAGUUUCAGGGUUCGACAUUCCUGGUAUUGUGACACACCUGAAAGUGGGCGUGGUCCGAUCUGCAUGCUGAUCUCCUGGAAUGACGCUGUACAGCAGGUCGUUACUGCUUUCUGAGAAAGUGCAGUCAGAUCUGAUCACCACACAGCAGGAGAGGACCAGCGAUGGGGACACUACGGUCCUGUGGAAAUCUUUAAACCCAAAACUGGAAUAAACCCACCCAAAAGAGGGAGAGAGAGAGUGAGAGAGAAAGAUAAAGAGAGGAGAAGAAAUGGAUAAAGGUGAGUCAUCUGGGCACCUUGGGGAGACACAGCAUGUCUCAGAGCUGAGGAUUGUGCUGCUGGGAGCAAAGGAGGGAGGAAAGAGUUCAGCAGGAAACGCCAUCCUGGGCAAACAGGAGUUUACACCUGGAGUAAAAACCACAGUGUGUAAGAAAGGGCAGGGGGAUGUACGUCAGAGGCAGGUCACUGUGGUGGACACGCCUGGUUGGGUAUGUUAUUUUCCUGUUGAAGAUUCUCCAGAACUGCUGAAAGACCAGAUUGUGUGCACUGUGUCUCUGUGCCCCCCUGGGCCCCAUGCUGUCCUGCUGGUCAUUAAUUUGAACUUAUCUUUCCAAGAGAAACACAGGAGAGCAGUGCAGGAACACCUGGAGCUUCUCAGCGACUCAGUGUGGAGACACACGAUAUUGCUGUUCACCUUUGAGGACACUUUGAGGGAAAUGACUAUCAAGCAGCACAUAGAGAGAGAAGGUCAGGCCCUCCAGUGGGUCAUAGAGAAAUGUGGGAACAGGUACCAUGUUCUCAGCAGUAAGAACAGCAGUGAGGUCUCUCAGGUCUCAGAGCUGCUGGAGAUGAUAGAGAAGAUGGUGGUGGGUAAUGGUGGCUGUCAUUUUCACAUGGAGAGGAAAGUUCUACAGGACAUGGAGGAGAAGAGUAGGAUUACAGAAGAACGAGCCAAUCAGAGAGUGAGGAAGGUGAGGGAACACAGAGAGACCCUCAGAGACCCUCUUAAAGGGGAAACAAGCCAUCCUUCAAGGUUGAGGGUGGUGCUACUGGGGUGGGUGGUUGGGGGAAAGAGCUCAGCUGGGAAUACCAUCCUGGGUAGACAGGAGUUUGGAUUUUGGAGAAGAACUGAGCAGUGUGAGAAGAAGCAAGGUGAAGUCGUUGGGAGGCAGGUCACUGUGGUCGACACACCUGGCUGGUGGAAGUUUAUCCCGGCUCAUCUCACACCCGAUUGGAUAAAAGAGGAAGUGGUGAAGAGUUUGGCGCUGUGUCACCCUGGACCCCAUGCGAUCCUACUGGUCAUUCCUGCAGACACAGCAUUUAAAGAAGAGCAAAGGAAAAUAAUUAGAGACAACAUGAAGCACCUCGGAGAGGGAAUUUGGAGACACACUCUAGUGCUGUUCACCUGGGGAGAAUGCCUAGGAAACAUCUCCAUCGAGCAGCACAUAGAGAGAGAAGGACACGCCCUCCAGUGGCUCAUUGAGAAAUGUGGGAACAGAUACCAUGUUCUCUGCAAUAUGAAAAAGGAGGAUCGCACCCAAGUCACAGAGCUGCUGGAGAAGAUUGAGGAGAUGGUAGCAGGUAAAAGUGUCUUUAAUCUCCUGACUGAGACACAAGGUGAGGUGGUAGAGAAGAUAGAGGAGAUGGACAGAGAGACCAAGGGGGCUGAUCUCAGCACAGAGAAGCAGAAAGAUCCAGAGCUGAUGCAAAUUAUUGAUGAACUCUGGAUCAGGAGGGAAGAGCAUCAGUUGGAGAAACUGGGUUUGGAUCGUGAAGGAAAAAGCAAAGUUCUGCCUCCUGCUGAAUUGCAAGAAGUGUUUGAAAAGGAAUGGAGCAGAAUCGAAACAGGCCUAAAGCUGAAGAUGAUUCAGGAACGUAUCACCCAAACAAGCAGGGGAGGCAGUAUGGAAACCCCUCUCAAUGUGGGAAACACACUCUGUGAAUCAGGGAGUUCGGUAGAAGCGGCUGACUCCACAGAGGAAGAGGGGAAUGCUCUUAAGGAAGCAGCCAGCAAAAGACAGACCCAGCAGUGGAUAGAGAGAGAGGAUGCUGUUUUUGAAAAGGAGUGGGACAGGAGAGAAUGGGAGAUGUACCUGCACUUCAAAAGGAUGAUUCAGGACUGGGCCACCUUGCCUGUGAGGGGAGCAGCAAGUAAUUCAUUAAAACGUCCCUACAUGAGGGAAGACACGUCCUCUGAACCAGAGACCUCUCGUCUUGCAAAGACAUGUAUGAAGGUGUGUGACUGGAUGAGUGAAAAGCAUUCUGGGAAUUCUGCUGCUGCAUCUGGAUAUGAAACAAAUUCUGAAAUGAGCAACACAGAGACCUCUGACAUCACAGGAAGAGACGAGGAACUGGGACACUGUGGGGCUGCUGAUAGGGAGACACAGCAUGUCUCAGAGCUGAGGAUUGUGCUGCUGGGAGCAAAGGAGGGAGGAAAGAGUUCAGCAGGAAACGCCAUCCUGGGCAAACAGGAGUUCACACCUGGAGUACAAACUGCAGUGUGUAAGAAAGGGCAGGGGGAUAGGAGGCAGAUCACUGUGGUGGACACACCUGGCUGGUUCCGUUAUUUUCCUGUUGAAGAUUCUCCAGAACUGCUGAAAGACCAGAUUGUGUGCAGUGUGUCUCUGUGCCCCCCUGGGCCCCAUGCUGUCCUGCUGGUCAUUAAUUUGAGCUCAUCUUUCCAAGAGAAACACAGGAGAGCAGUGCAGGAACACCUGGAGCUUCUCAGUGACUCAGUGUGGAGACACACGAUACUGCUGUUCACCUUUGGGGACACUUUGAGGGAAAUGACCAUGGAGCAGUACAUAGAAAGAGAAGGUCAGGCCCUCCAGUGGGUCAUAGAAAAAUGUGGGAACAGGUACCAUGUUCUCAGCAGUAAGAACAGCAGUGAGGUCUCUCAAGUCUCAGAGCUGCUGGAGAUGAUAGAGAAGAUGGUGGUGGGUAAUGGUAGCUGCCAUUUCCACAUGGAGAGGAAAGUUCUACAGGUCAUGGAGGAGAAGAGGAGGAUUACAGAAGAACGAGCCAAUCAGAGAGUGAGGAAGGUGAGGGAACACAAAGAGACCCUCAGACACCUUCUUAAAGGGGGAACAAACCGUCCAUUCGAGAUGAAGGUGGUGCUACUGGGGUGGGUGGUUGGGGGCAAGAGCUCAGCUGGAAAUAUCAUCCUGGGCAGGGAGGAGUUUGGAGUUUGGAGAAGAACUGCGCAGUGUGAGAAGAAGCAAGGUGAAGUCGCUGGGAGGCAGGUCACUGUGGUCGACACACCUGGCUGGUGGAAGUUUAUCCCAGCUCAUCUCACACCCGAUUGGAUAAAAGAGGAAGUGGUGAAGAGUUUGACGCUGUGCCACCCUGGACCCCAUGCGAUCCUAUUGGUCAUUCCUGCAGACACAACAUUUAAAGAAGAGCAAAGAAAAAUAAUUAGAGACAACAUGAAGCACCUUGGAGAGAGAGUGUGGGGACACACUCUAGUGCUGUUCACCUGGGGAGAAUGCCUAGGAAACAUCUCCAUCGAGCAGCACAUAGAGAGAGAAGGACACGCCCUCCAGUGGCUCAUUGAGAAAUGUGGGAACAGGUACCAUGUUCUCUGCAAUAUGAAAAAGGAGGAUCGCACCCAAGUCACAGAGCUGCUGGAGAAGAUUGAGGAGAUGGUAGCAGGUAAAAGUGUCUUUCAUCUCCUGACUGAGACACAAGGUGAGGUGGUGGAGGAGAUAGAGGAGAUGGACAGAGAGACCUGGGGGGCUGAUCUCAGCAUAGAGAAGCAGAAAGUUCCAGAGCUGAUCCAAAUUAUUGAUGAACUCUGGAUCAGGAGGGAAGAGCAUCUGUUGGGGAAACUGGGUUUGGACUGCACUGGAAAAAGCAAAUUUCUUCCUCCUGCUGAAUUACAAAAAGUGUUUGAAAAGGAAUGGAGCAGAAUCGAAAUAGGCCUAAAGCUGAAGAAGAUGAUUCAAGAACGUACCACCCAAACAAGCAGGGGAGGCAGUAUGGAAACCCCUCUCUAUGGGGGAAACACACUCUGUGAAUCAGGGAGUUCGGUAGAAGCGGCUGACUCCACAGAGGAAGAGGGGAAUGCUCUUAAGGAAGCAGCCAGCAAGACACAGACCCAGCACUGGAUAGAGAGAGAGGAUGCUGUUUUUGAAAAGGAGUGGGAUAGGAGAGAAUGGGAGAUGUACCUGCACUUCAAAAGGAUGAUUCAGGACUGUGCCACCUUGCCUGUGAGGGGAGCAGCAAGUAAUUCAUUGGUCCUUCCCAACAUGAGGGAAGACACGUCCUCUGAACCAGAGACCUCUCGUCUUGCAAAGACAUGUAUGAAGGUGUGUGACUGGAUGAGUGAAAAGCAUUCUGGGAAUUCUGCUGCUGCAUCUGGAUAUGAAACAAAUUCUGAAAUGAGCAACACAGAGACCUCUGACAUCACAGGAAGAGACGAGGAACUGGGACACUGUGGGGCUGCUGAUACUUAAAACUAACCAGUGUGAUAUAGUAUCAGUCUCUAUACUGCAUUAACACUGACCAGUGUAAUAAUCCAUCAGUCUCUAUACUGCAUUAACACUGACCAGUGUAAUAAUCCAUCAGUCUCUAUACUGCAUUAACACUGACCAGUGUAAUAUAGCACCAGUCUCUAUACUGCAUUAACACUGACCAGUGUAAUAUAGC